AUGCCACGCUCAUCCGCUGCGGGCAGGAAGAAUCAGAGCAAUCGUCACGAGAAUGGCCUCGUCGGUCCCGGCAAGAAAGUAACCAAGCAGAAGUCCAGCGGCCAUCUCAACGGCUCGCCCGGCAACGGCAACGCUACCAGCUCGGGCGCAUCCGCACCUUUCGACCUUUCCUCGUCUCGUUCCACUAGUGACUCCGCCGUCAACUCGUCUACUGUCGCGUGUAAGGGUGUGGAUGGAACUAAGGUUGAUAGCAAUGGACGUGGGCCGGUGAAUGGACAUCGAGGUGUGGACAUGGCGUGCGGCGAAGUUAACGGCGCCACGCCGCAUAAUGGCGGCGUGGCUAGCUCGACUUCACGCAAUGGCUCCGCGAAACGAUCGGGUUCAAACUCCUCAAUCAAUCCGCUUCAACUCGCGUCCACGAUCCUCAAGUCGUGUCCCAUGUACGACACGAUCGCCAUUUUGAUCUUUCUGCUACAACUCCCACCGAUGGUUCUGACUUGUGUUCAAUUCCUGUUCGCGUCUUUGACGUUCAUGCCUCCGAGUGGCGGUGCUGCCGGCUCCCUAUCGUCGAACUUUGACAUCUUUCAGGGUCCGGCUGGCACGCCUUCGAUGGGCACUAUGAUCGCCAUGGACGGGUUCUGCCUUCUUUUCUGGGGCCUUUUCAUGUGGACAUGGGCACAAAAUUUUGCCAUUGAUCUUGCUCACGUCCAAGUCGCUAUUACUUUGGGCGGCGGAGGCGCCGGGAAAAACGGCGGGGUCAACGCUCUAUGCGUGGGGACUGUUCUGCUUCUUCAUAUCGUUCGCAGCAAAGGCAUACAAGAAUUUGUGACAGGGCAUCUUGUCUCUGCCAAACUCAUAAGCCCUGAUCUUCUCUCGCAGUACUCGAAUAUUCUACCCGCCGAACUCCGCCGAACCGAGUCGCAUUCCUCGCCGAGUUGGUUACGGAGUCUACUUGCCGUUCAUAUACUAGCACAAGCCGGAACAGCAAUGGCGAGACGGUCCAUGGCCAAGAAUCGAUCACCGGCACCCUCGCGGACUGGCAAGCGUGGCGAUACAGAAGCGUCGGCAGGCUCACAAGGUCAAGCUGAUUCUGCUCUGGAGUCUGCCGCUAGUCUUUCUUCGUCUUUCGUGGGGCCGGACGGUCAAUUGGUCAAGGACGGCAAGGAUCGUCUUACCUCGGCUAAGAAACGCAGGAGGCAAGCCAACCAAGUUCGAAGUCGCCAACCAUUCUGGGCCGCUCUCGCCAGUACAAAGGUUACGGUCAUGCGGGAAUAUGAACACUCUCGGGUCUUAUCGAAAACGGCACGUGGCUUGACUGAAGACGACUUGCAAAGUGUCUCUCUCGAUGAAGGACUGGUAUGGAUUACAGAUGUGGAUAGUUCUACUAUCAAGUUUGCCGCCGGUGACCUUGCCGAUGAUUCCGUGACGCCAAGCUCGGGUGAUGUCGAUCGUACAGAUUCGGAGGCUGAACCAUUCUAUGUUUGUGUCAAUGGGGCAUUGUGGGCUACAGCGACAAUCAGCAGGGUUCCAGAUGCCUCUAAGGGAUCUAGUAUAGUCCACUGGAAGGGUGAGAUCUCUGGUCUCGCUCCUAACUGUGCUUAUACCUGCUCUUUCGUACGCAGCGAUACCGAUGAGGAAAUCUGUGCCAUGAGUGUCAAAACACCCGCGACGACCGACAUGGAACAAGCUGUUUCCUCGGUCCCGACACCCCCGCAGCCAACUUAUCGGCCCUCGUCCCCUACGACUACGCUGAAGAACUCCGUCAUCAACGCCGAGGCUAAGCUGAACGAAAAGCGCUCUCGGUUGAAGAAAGCCAAGAACGACCACAAACUUCUCAUCUCGAAAAUUCGGAGGGAAUUGGACAAUUAUAAUCACCGACUUCAAAGUGGAACGGACGAAAACAGGCAAAAGCAGCGUUCGCUCCAGCUCGAGCGAAAUAUUAAACAAACCGAGGAGGCAACAGCGGUAUUGGAAGUGCAACUAGACAACAUGGAGAACGUGCCAGAAGAGGAGAUGGAAGAAUGGACUGCUCAAAAGGCUGAAUUCGAUCGGGAAUUGGAGCUCUUCAACAAGACCAAGGAAGAGGUUUCGGAAGCUCGCCUUGCCUCUGCCCAACAAGUGUCUGCCUUGGAGCAAGAAUUGAGCGUGACUGUGCAGAAGCGUGAGCGUCUUCAGAGCCGCCGUCUUCGUGUCAACGAACAGUAUGAGCGCAUCAUAUCAGCCAAUGCCCAAGGAUUGAACGAGCGAGAGCGCCGCGCGGCCGAACAAUUUGCUCGGGAGCAAGAUCAUGCCAAAAUGGAGGCCAACUUCCACGAACAGUUUGCAAGCAUUAGCCAGUCUGUGCAAGACUUCCAGCUGCGCACGAGUCAACUCUGGCAGCAAGCUUCGGCAAUUGAACAGUCAAUCCAGCAGCAACAACAGCAGAUGCUUCUGGAUUCUGGUCCUCUGACUCCCGAAGGCAAUCUGCCCGGCACGAACCCAAUUAUUGAAACUACAACGACCUCUGCCCCUACCGGACGAGCGUUGUUGGGCCUCAGCUUCCCUCCUCCUCUCAAGUCUAGUCCACUCCAGACUUCCUCGUCGCCUGUCCAUGCUUCGUCAUCGCAUCCAACCAGCCCGGUGCAUGAUACUUUCAUGCCUCAAUUUCCGGCAUCACCGUUCGGCAACACUGGCUCCUACUUCGUCACUGACAUCAACAGUCGGGAUCGUUCCUUCUCCAACCGCUCCACUCGCAGUAGUCAAUAUGGCUCAGAUUUCUUUGAGUCGCAUCGCCUCCCGGCACUUCAGGUUGAACUGUCCGACAUUCUCUCCGAGAAGCAGCAACGCUUCGGGCCAGAUGGGAAUGGUUUUCUGCAGCACGGGGGUCGUCCUAUACUGAGCCCUUUCCAGCGUGCUGCAAGCCGUGUCAGCGGAGCCGGUAGUGGCAGCGGAGGUAGCGGCAGUGGAAGUGGCAGUCCCAGAUCGACUCGUGAGUAG